AUGCGGCCCGAUGCUGAAAUGUCGCGACGCAUCUACGUUGCUACACCGCCCAGCUUGUUGAUCCCAUCGUUGUCUCGAGACGCCUUGAAUCAAUAUCCUACACAAGUCGAAGGAAUCGCUUUCCCAGAGGUAGCCAAAGACCACUCGACCCAUGGAAACCCGCAUAUCCCACCAGCCCGCCCAAACUCCACAACCGCAAUUUCACCUUACCCGAAAGAGGACUUUGGGCUCCGCAACUUUGCAGAAUCGCGCACAAAAAAACACAUCUCCAAGAUUUCAUAG